GGCCAGUCCCUGUCCAGGCUGGCAGAGCGGGCGCUCUCGGCUGUGGGCGCUGUGACGUCGCGGGCCCAGCCCAGGGAGGUCCUCCCAGGGCGCCCAGGGAGGGCGGACCUUGGGUCGGACCCGCCGCCCCCAACCCCGGGGCCUGGGGGUCCCCUUCACCUUGCCCCGGCCUCCUGCCAGUCGCCACCACCCCUAGCCUCUCCCGCUGAGUUCGGCGCCCCAGAGAGGAUUAACACCCAGGGAGGCAGGGAGCUCUCUUUAUCCAAGGACGUGGCCCCCUGUAUGGGUAGUGGGGGCCACAGGCUGGGACACCCCUGAUGUCAGAAGUGAGUGGGCAGGUUGACUGACCGCAAGCAGUCCCUCAGCAUCAGCAUGGACUCCAGGAUCCCAUCUGCUAGGAGCUGGGUCAGCAGCCACCCACCCAUCUCUGAACCUGACCUGGAGCCUGCCACAGAUGGGCCAGCUUCCGAGACCACCACACUCAGCCCAGAAGCCACCAGCUUUAAUAACACCAGAAUCCCUGACGUGGCUGGUGGCACAGCCGGCGUGGGCACAAUGCUUCUGUCCUUUGGGAUCAUCACAGUGAUUGGCCUGGCUGUGGCCAUGGUUUUGUACAUCAGGAAGAAGAAGAGGCUGGAGAAGCUGCGCCACCAGCUCAUGCCUAUGUACAACUUCGACCCCACGGAGGAGCAAGAUGAACUGGAGCAGGAGCUGCUGGAGCAUGGGCGGGACACUGCCUCCGUGCAGGCCACCGCCGCUGUGCAGGCCACGCAGGCCAAGACUCACUGCACAAGGCCAGGCCAGGGCAGCCCUGGGAUCCAGCCUGGCUCUGUCCCGAUAGCCUGGUCACCUUGGAAGCUCCACUGGCCUCUCUGAGCCUCAGUUUUCUCAUCUGCAAGUGAAAAUCCUGAUUCUUGCCUCAGGUUGCUAAGGAACCUGGCUCCACAGCGGCAGAAUUAAGAGACUGGGCUCAGGAAGAGUCCAGGCUGGGAGUCCCCUGGUUUUGCUACCAGUUCUUUGUCACCUGGAUCAGGACUCAUUCCCCCUUGGGAUAUUCAGGAAAUUGGGCUGAGAACCUUGGUCCACCCAGCUCUUGGGACUACUGACUAUUUGACGGUUGUUUCCUGUGCAUCUCCGUUGUGCCAGCCCCUGUGCCGCGGCUUUGGGGCUUGGGGGUACAGAGGUGAACACUGUCUGCUGGGAGAGGUCGGUACAUGCAUAAUUAAUCCAGGCCCUGGGACCUGGGUUAAGUGCUGCAACUGGCUGA